AUGGCGCCGUCAGAGCCCUCCGCCGCUGAUCUCGCGGCCGCUGCCGCCGAGGCCACCGCCAAGGCCGCUCUCUGGGCACUCGCGGCCGCACUCCCCAGCAUCCGUGCCGUCGUGCCGGUCACCCUCGAGCUUUCAACCUCCAACUACCUCCAAUGGCGCGGCAUGUUCUCCGACGCUGUUGAGAAGUACGCCCUCGAGGAUCAUCUCCUCGAGGAUGCCUACCCCACGGACCCCCCGCCACAGUGGGUCCGCAACGACGCCAUCGUCCGGUCAUGGCUCAACAGCGCCGUCGCGCCCGAGCUUCUCGCCAUGAUCGUUGACACCACGACGCCACUGCCUGCACACGCCUUGUGGAAGCGCCUCUCCAACAUCUACCACGACAACGCGGACACCCGCUCCUCCUACCUCGAGCAAGAGUUCCACGGUCUCCAACAGGGCUCCCUGACCGUGGCUGAUUACUGCCGCAAGCAGAAGGUUCUCGCCGACGAGCUCAAUGCGCUGGGCACGACCAUCACCGACAAACGCCUAGUCCAGAACACGGUUCGCGGUCUCGGACCUCGUCUUGCGUACAUGCGCACGUUGCUCCUGAAACAGCGUCCCCUUCCGCCGUUUCUCGACGUCCGCUCAUCUCUACUACUCGAGGAGCUCACGUUGCAGCAGCAGUCCGAGUCAUCCUCGACCCCGUCUGCCUUCGUCGCGCGCGGAGCCCCCACACCUCCACCACCGCGUGGCCCUGCCGAAAAUACGGGACCUUGA